AUGGACGGUGGAGCCCCCUGGGACUCUUCCAGGCACAGCAAUGCUCCCAGAGGCCCUCCUAGGGACGGAGGCACUCCCAGGGGCAGUGCCAGGCUCGGUCGGGCCUCCUGGGACCCUCUCAGCGAAGGUGGCGCCCACAGGGGCCGUACCAGAGGCGGUGGCGCCCUCAGGGGCCCAACUUGGUGUGGCGGAGACCCCAAGGGCCCUGCCAAGGGGGACGGCGCCGCCAGGGACUUGAUUGUUGGGAGCCCUGCCAGGGGCGCUGGGACCCUCAGGGGCUCUUCCAAAGACAACCGCACUCCCAGAGGCCCUCCCAAGGAUGGUGGCGCUCCCAGGGUGCAUACCAGGGUCAGUGGCGCCUCCAGGAGACCCUGCCAGGGACCCUGGCACUACCAGGCCUCUCCCAGGGACAGCGGAGAUCCCAGGGGCCCCCUCAGGGACGGUGGAGCCCCCUCAGGGACGGUGGAGCCCCCUGGGAAUCUUCCAGGCAGUGACACUCCAGAGGCCAUCCUAGGGAUAGAGGCACUCCCAGGGGCCAUGCCAGGCUCGGUCGGGCCUCCUGGGACCCUCUCAGGGAAGGUGGCGCCCACAGGGGCCCUACCAGAGGCGGUGGUGCCAUCAGGGGCCCAACUUGGUGUGGCAUAG